AAAACAGGUACAAUUCGUUGAAAAUUUUAACAAACAGUUUUUGAAACAUUUUGCCCUCUCCACGAAAUGCCGCCAUUUUGAAAAGGGUACGUGACCAGCGGAAAAGUCGUAAAUUAGAAAUGGGAAGAUACUUAAGUUCAAUUGAUUGGACCUUAAUGCUCAGUCCUUUGGAUACUUGCGAAAAUAUGUGGACAGUCUUCCAAGAAGUAGUUCAUUCUGGACUAGACACCAUAAUGCCAGAAAAACAAAUUCGUAUUCACCCAGCUGACUCUCCAUGGAUGAACCAGAAGCUUAAAUCCCUAAUUUUUAAGAGGCAAAAAGCUUUCAAUGCGCACGGUGUACAUUCCCCCCAAUUUAAAUAUUACCGAAACUGUGUCAACAGAGAAAGAAAAGUCUGCAGGGCAAAAUACUACGAAUCCAACAUUAAACAACUUAAAGGAGAAGUCCCAAGGAAGUGGUGGGAUGAGGUUAAGUGGAAUAAAGUCGGCAGGCACAAAUUUAACCCAUCAAAUCAAUGUCGAAGGAUUUACGAACCUCCCUCCACAUGAACAAGCUAAUACCAUUAAUACCGCCUUUCUUGCACCCUUGGCCGAAUACAGAAUAUCAGAACCCCUCGAACAUCUUCCGUUAGAAGACCCACCAAAAUUUUUGGAAGUUACUGAAGAACGUGUUCAAAAAGUUCUAGAGAAAUUAAAUCCUCACAAGGCGCCUGGACCAGACAAUCUACCAAACUGGAUUUUUAAAGAAUAUUCUUAUCUUUUGGCCCUUCCUGUCAUGAAAAUUAUCAAUGCUUCCUAUUACGAACAGCAGCUGCCUACCAUCUGGAAGAAAGCUAAUAUUUCGCCGUUACCAAAAAAAAAACCAGUGACUAUAUUGGAAAAAGAUCUCAGGCCUAUUUCCCUGACCCCCUGCAUCUCUAAGGUGGCAGAGGAAUUCAUUGUUGAGGAUUAUGUUAAACCGGCAAUUCUAGACAUAAUCGAUGCUAGUCAAUAUGGAGCGAUUCCAAACUCGUCAACCACUAUGGCGUUAAUUAGCAUGCUGCAUCACUGGUUUAUAAACACUGACGGGAAUGGGGCAACAAUAAGGACAAUAUUGUUUGAUUAUCGCAAGGCAUUCGAUUUUAUCGACCAUACAAUUCUUGUAAAGAAACUGGGUAAUUUGAACAUACCUAGAAGUAUAAUUAACUGGAUAAUAGAUUUUCUUUCUCAUAGAACGCAGAGAGUAAAAUUGGCCGAUAGCUGUUUUUCUGAGUGGGGCCUUGUUCCGUCUGGUGUACCGCAAGGUACAAAGCUAGGUCCAUGGUUAUUUAUUUUAAUGAUCCAAGACCUGAAUAUUAAUUCCCCAUACAUGUGGAAGUUCGUGGAUGAUACCACAGCAUCGGAAAUUCUUCCCAAAGGCAAUGUUAGUACAGCCCAAAACAUAGCAGAUUAUAUUAAGCAAUGGUCAGAAGAAAAUAGAUUAAAGCUACAUCCAGACAAAUGUAAAGAAUUGAGAAUUUCUUUUAGUAAGGACCCAGUUGUUCUAGAUCAAGUCAUACUCAAUGGUAAAGAAGUCGAAAUAGUCGAAAGUGCUAAAUUAUUGGGAGUAACAAUAAGUAACAAUCUAACUUGGCAUGCCCAUAUAAAAGAGGUCGUCAAAAAAGCCAGUAAAAGACUAUAUUACCUGGUUCAAUUAAAAAGAGCUAGGUUACCA